AUGUCGAACCACACGCAAUUCCCAACGGCUGAUAUGCCGGCGUCCGUAAUUCCUCCUCCGCCGGGGGUGACGGUUGAUUUCGACCAUCCGCGCCAGCAAAAGGUGCUGGAGCAUUACCUCAUCUUUGGGAUCGGCGGCACAAUUGCCUUCAUCGCCCUCUGUCAGAGGUUCUACACCAAGAUCUUCUUGUCAAAGGGUCUUCAAAUCGAUGAUGCUUUCAUGUUUCUUGGUUGGGUCGCCUCUGUGGUCACGCAGGCCAUGCUAGUUGCUAACUCGAGGAAGGAUGUGUACGUCACUGCGCCAGUGUACAUGCUCUGCAACGGCUUCACGAAGCUGUCGCUGCUUACCUUCUAUCUUCAUUUGUCGCCGCAACGAUGGUUCCGAAUUUGUGUGUGGAUCGGCAUCGUCGUUGUGUCCUUGUACUCGGGAUGCAUCACAUUGUUGAUGCUGUUCCACUGCAACCCAGUCCGCAAGGCUUUUGACUUCACCAUCAAUGAUGGAAAGUGUUUGGACGUGGCUGUGCUUUACAUUGCUACGGCAGUGUCAAAUAUCGCCACGGAUGUAAUGUUGUUCAUCCUGCCGAUGCCAAUGAUCUUCAAUCUGCGCAUGAAGAUUGCACAAAAGAUUGGCGCUAUGCUGAUAUUCGGCAUUGGAUCUAUCACCAUCGCAACGUCCAUCAUCCGCCUUGUCCUUCUGCCCAAGUUGCUGACCAGCACCGACCCGUCGUGGGAUGCGGCACCCGCCAACAUUUGGACUUUCAUCGAGGGCAACCUUUUCGUCAUUUGUGGCUCGAUGCCGACGUUGCGAAAGUUCUUCAAGCACUUUGCACCUAAGCUCAUGGGAACUUCAACGAACCCAUCGUCAUACGGUGCGGUAUACCACGCGUCUUACGCCAACCAACAAUCACACAACACAAAGAGCCGAGCACGAUCUCAGUACCAACAAUUUUCAGAUCAGAACGAGAUGCACACAUUCCACUCGGAUCACAAGCGGGGCAUGGACGACGACUCCGCAUUCACCUCAAUUGUGGUCGCUGGAGGCGGAAGAGAGAGCGCAGACGACAUGAGCGACAAGGCGAUAUUACAGACGAAGACGGUUACGAUUCAGCGAGAUUAA